AUGUCGCAGAACAUCCCAUUUCUCUUCGGGCAGCCGCCAGCCCCUGUCCACACUCAACAUCAACAGAACGCCACCGAUACCCAACCGCAAACACCCACGAACGGCGCGCCGACGCCGACCAGUCAACAGCAGAUGGCAACUCCUCAAGCAGGGCUCCCUGCGGACUUUGAUAUGAGCGCGUUGGCGGGUGUCACUCCCGAGCAAUUCGCGAUGAUCGCGCGUAUGAUACAGCAAGGACUUGUGCCUAUGCCACCAGGCGCGGCACCUGCUGCUGCUGCUGCUGCUAUACCGCCUUCCGCGCCUGCCGCAACGUGGUCAAAAAAUCCGCCUCGGCAUUCUGCAGAUACACCGACUCCUCAAAACACGUCCUCUACCGCUCAAGCGAAUGGCCACGAUGUGGACAUGGAUAAAGAGGAAGGCGAGCUCGAGGAAGGAGAGAUGGAAGACGCACCCAAAGCUCGCGAUUUCCUGCGGACACCGCCCAAAGGCCCGCGGAAGCGUAGUAGAAGUCCGCUUCCGAGAGGCAACGCAGCGCCAGCAGAUAGACGCGGUUCGCAGCAAGGUCCUGCGCCCGCGAGGCCUGGACCCCAGCGAACGUCAUCGUCCGCCGGGUCUGCUCAGGCAUCGCGAUCCAAUGGGCAAGCGCCCGUCAUCAGUCAGGCUGUAAGUGGUAAUACGCCUCAGCCAGCAGUGGGCAAAGACGCGGCUGCAAAGGCAUUUCUUCUUGAGAUGCACAGAAAUGGGUAUAACUUCGAUCAACUCUCGCGAGAGGUAGGCGAUCCGAAAACUCUGAGACGCAUGUACCAACAGUUGGGACUGCCAUUACCAUCCUCAUGCGACUCGCCUGCCAAUCAAGGCGGCGUGCCAGUUGCCCAACAACCGCGCAAGACAUCGAUGCCUCUAGCCACGAAAGCUCCUACGCCUCAGAACCGUAGCGAGUAUCUGGCCAAGCUCCAAGCAGCGAAAAACAAGAAAGCAGAGGCUUCCGCCAAGUCUGCUACUCCACCUGCUGCACCUACAGCAGCAUCAACUACAGAAACCACCACUGUCGGCCCUCGCUUACAGCCUGCAAAGCCUGCGGCCGCCGUAGCCGCUGCUCCUCCCCGCACGGGUGGACUUACCAAGGACAAGAACGAGUUGCUCCGACAGAAGCUUGACAAAUUGAAAGCAGAGCAAGCAGCCAGACGGCAGGCUAAGCAGUCCAGUGAUGCUGCCGCGCCGUCAAGUCCGGCCGUAAAGUCAGAUCAGAAUGCGGCCUCGCCAAUGCCAGCUAGCAGACCGGGUCUGGGUGCUGGUCUGGUUGAAGCUGCCGCUCGCGCGUCUGAUGAAGCCAGCAUGAAUGUUGGACCAAACGGCUUUGUUGCUUCGCAAAACAUGGCAUUUCAAGCUCUGGUCCCUUCGGCGUCUCCGACUCUUAACCGGGGUUUUGGGCUACCCGGACUGUUCACGACCAUGUUGGCAUCAGCGCAAUCGAAUGACGCCUCUCCACAGCCUAUCAGUAGUAGACCUGCCAGCUCCACGCCCGCUCAGAACGUGUUUGCAGCACCGUCGGGCUCAACACAACAGCCUGCUAGCGCCAUUGAAGCCGCGCGCAACGACUCGGCCACGCACAACCAGAAUUUCGGCCAGAGCAGAGACGUCUAUCAUGAUGAUCGCUAUGUCAUUGAAGUCAGUAGUGAUGAAGAAGAAGACGACGAUUCCAUGGACGUCGACGAAGCUUCCGAAAAGCCCCGCGCGGAAAAGAUGCACUUUUCGAAUUCGACUCUCAAGACUUCUAGGCCUAAGCUCCAUAUGCCAUCCGGCGGUAUCUCAACAACACCUGGAACACCUGGCGUCAGCACUCCAAAUGCAGACCUCAAACGCAAACUCGAAGAGAUUGAGGAAUUUAAGCGACAAAUAGCGGAAGCCGAGCGAAAGCGACAGAGAAAUGGCAAAGCAAAAGCUCAAGCCGCACAAGAAGAGGCUCUUGUUGACGCUGUUGAUCAGGUCAUCGCAUCGUCCAAUGCUUUGGCCUCCGGCAAUGCAACACCUAGUGAGCCACAGCAGCCUCUGGAGACGGCAUUACAGCCUGGAAAUCAGCCAGUUACUGGUGCCAACCCAGAACGGCCAUCAUCUACCAGCUCUGCGUCUGCAAGGCUAGCGCGAGAGCAAGAAAAAGAUACACUUCGUCGGCGACUAGCAGAGCUUGAAGUACAGCGAAAUCAGUUGAGCUCAGCACCAACAGGCAACGCUACUGCUCAACCUCAACUCGCAUCCCCUGGCAUUGCGAUGAACAGCUCAGAGCCGGCACCUGCGCACAGCAAUACGGUCGCAGCGCCUUCAGCGUUCCCUGUCAACGAUCCCAACGACUCUGACGAGAUUGAUGACGAAGACGAUGAGGAUCUAUAUGGCGAAUACACUGCCGACCAGAUCGCACAGCCUGCACUUCAGCCGGAUCAUAUUCAAGCCACAAGUGAUGGUCCAGAGUCGUCAUCUGAAGACGAUCAAUUCGAAGGCGAGGGAGAUGACGUCUUUGAACCUGGUUCAGUGAAUGGCAUGGAGACUCAAGAACCAUUUUCAGCGCAUCCCACGACGCAAGAUAGUCCUGAACGCGAUGUUCCAUCCACCAUGGAGGCAAGUAUACCUGGCGCCAAAACGAUUGUUGCUCCUCUCGUUGGCAAUGACGAUGAGAUGGACGACGAGGAGGACUUGGACAAUCUCUACGGCGAGGUGGCCUCGGCACCUACCGCCGAGCCCGCAGUGCAGACGUUGACCGAUGCUAUGGCAUCGAACGACGAUAACGAAGAAGACGACAGCGAUGAUGCUAUGGACACAUCCGAUGCCUCUUCAGACAGCGACAGCUCGUCGGAUGACUCCGAUGAUGAGCCCGAGUCUCGACCUGAUAUCAUCCAAGCACCGCAUAGUGAGACCGUUCUAAGCGCAGCGGCACUGCUUUCUCCCGGAGAGGAGGUUAACGAUGAUCAGAUCGAUGAGGAGUCCGAUGAGGAAGCCGAGGACACUAACGAUGCGCAGGAUAUGGGCGACACUGAACUAAGUGUCAACGAUGAUCUAGCACCAGGGCUCCAGCCGCCUAUGGAGGAGCUGGAUGUGCCCACGGAGGACUACCGUUUCCACCCCGAAUUCGAGCAUACGGUACCUGGUGGGUUCAAGUCUUUGACUUAUAGCCACAAGAUCGAUUCAGAAAACACCCUUUGCCCUUUCGAACUGAGCGGAGGAAGCUGUAUUGACAAGAGUUGCACUCAUCAGCACUUCCGUUCUCUCGCAUUAUCAGAACAUACACCCGCCCGUACACCAGCCGAGGAAAAACGAUGGAAGAAUGGUCUUGCUCUUCUGGUCAAACAGCUGCGCGCAAGCAAUGUCAAGGACGUCGCCGCCAUCGCACAUCGGAUCGCUGAGUAUCGCCGUGCCUUUAGGGAAGAUCCUACGCGAGUACUCGUAGGACUUGACGAUUGA